AUGGCGGUUCUGUCCCGCUACUUGCCCUUCUCCGAGGCGACUACAACACUGCAAGCAGUGACAUAUCUCCUCGGUAUUUCCUUAUUCUCCAUUUCCUUUCUCGUUUUUCUUAACAGCAGCAUAUCGUUUGUCAUUACCGAUUUAAUUGGCGUCAAGGAUGGCGUGGGUGAUAUCGUCGGCACCCUCGGCUUCGUUGACGAGCUUGUUGCGCUUGUCGCAUGUCCGGUAUGGGGACUGGUCUCUGAUCGCCUCGGUGUAAGAUGGGUUGCUGUCAUUGGAUACGCCGUGAUUGGCGCAGCCUUAAUGCUGUUCGUCCAGGCGCGCAACAUCUAUCCGCAGUUGCUUCUGGCGCGCGUCUUCUUCGCCAUCGGCGCUACAGCGGCGGCCACGAUGGUGACGGCUAUUCUACCGUCUUUGACAGAUGAUAGCGACAAAUCCGAUAGCUCUGCAAACGCUGCAAACAAGCCGGUCCGUAACCCCCGGAACAGUGUCGCCAUGUCCCUCGAGUCCGAUAUGACCAUUACUCCGGUGCGAUAUCACGGCAUCGGUGAAAACGGACAAGCAGGAGCAUCCAGCGAUGCGGACGAAACAAAAGCUGGCAAGCCUUCGGCGCUGGCGGGUUACGUUGGGUUAUUUACGGGAUGUGGCGCGCUGGUUGCGCUCUCACUGUUUCUCCCACUACCCGCUCGUUUCGGCGAGGUUGAUGGCGUUACGCCCCGUGAGGCUGUCGCUGACAGCUUCUAUGUGGUGGGAAUUGUUGCCUUUUUGGUAGCAAUCUUUGUUCUUUUUGGGUUGAGAAAUUUGAAGGGCGAGGAGGGUAAAGGCUGGUCCGUCUUGUUGGGAUACAAAACAAGUCUAAGCUCUGAGGAUGAAUCCGAUGAGCAUGGAUCAGACCACCCCUCUCGACCAAAGGUUCUACCAUAUUUUCGCCUGCUCCGAGAUUCUGUCACUCUUGGCUUCACCGAUUCUCAGAUUGCCCUUGGUUACUUGGGCGGUUUUGUGGCUCGUGCCUCCACAGUCGCAAUUUCACUCUUCGUUCCUCUUUACAUCAAUACUUUUUUCAUCAGCAACGGCUUCUGCAAAGGAUCUCCUCAUGAUUCCUCUCCUGAAUUGAAGAAAGAAUGCAGAUCUGCAUAUCUCCUUGCGUCUAUUUUGACUGGUGUGGCUCAGCUCCUCGGCCUGAUUGCUGCACCUAUAUUUGGCUACCUCAACAGGAGGCGUGGGCGCGUUAACUACCCGAUUCUAAUUGCCACUGCUUUCGGUAUUGUCGGCUACGUCGCUUUCCCCCAAUUGGCCAGUCCGGAAUUCAAGAACGUCGACGGACGAGGCGGCAGUCCUGUUGUUUUCCUUGUUGUUAUUCUGAUCGGCAUUAGUCAGAUUGGAGCUAUUGUCUGCAGUCUGGGCUCACUCGGCCGCGGUGUUCUGACCGCAGAUAUACCCAAGUCGCAGCAUGUUGACACAAUCGAGGACUCGGUCGAAGCUAUGGAGAACCAGACGGAAGAUGCGCCGCUGCUACAGCAUAACGCAAGCGUAGACGCUGUGUCGCGAGUGCGGCUCAAGGGCUCCAUCGCCGGCAUGUAUUCCUGGUUUGGCGGAGCGGCCAUUCUACUGCUCACGAAAUUGGGGGGCUUCAUGUUUGAUGCAGUGUCAACAGGCGCACCAUUCUACAUGAUGGCGUGUUUCAACGCUAUCCUUCUCCUUGCCAGUUUGGGCAUUGAUACCGCUCGUUUCUUCCGAGACAGGCAAUAA